ACUCUAUUUAAUCUCAAUCAGCCUUUCAAACUACAUAUUUUCCGCUAAUUUCACAGGUGGUUUAUGUGAAUGACAAUUUGUUUAAAUUAGAAAGGUAAUUUCUACAUUAUUCUCCAUGCAAAAUAGCAUGGACAUGCUCGCUUCUUUUUUCGCUGGCAGUUAUGCAGUUUACAAUAGAAUGAAUCCCCAAAGAAGACAAGAACUUUACUCAAAUUUCGGGUAUUAUCCCACACAAAUACCACAACUUAUUCCGUUACAGACAGUAAGUAAUGCACAGAUAUCUUCUCCACCUGAAAGUGAUCUUAGUGAAAGAAAAACAAAACCUGACGAAGAAAGAAAAGGGAAACUGGACGAAACUCCUUCAACUAGUAAAGAAAGAAUGAAGUUUUCAAUUGACAGUAUAUUGAAUGACUCAAGAGAUGUAGCACACGAGACUAAGACUAUCCCUGGACAAGCAAAUAUAAAUGUGGUAGAUUCCGAUGAAACAGACGACGAAGACGACAGUUUACCAUGGUUACAGUGCACGAGAUAUAAACCACCAAAACUACCAAGAAACAAAAGGAAAGACUGUAUUAAGAAAAGAAAGCUUGGUCGAAACCCUAGGGUUCCUUUUACACAACACCAGGUUGCUGCAUUAGAACAGAAAUUUCGUCGAACACAGUACUUAAGUAGCAUGGAUGUUGCUGAGUUAUCUACUCUGUUGAAUCUUACAGAAACAAGGGUAAAGAUAUGGUUUCAGAACAGACGAGCACGUGAAAGACGAGACAGAGAAGCUGCCCAAAGAGGACAAAUAAUCCAGAACAAACAAUCAACAGCCAUGUUUUCUGGAAUGAUUUGGCCGUUCUCUAGCAAUGUAAGGACACCAACGCCACCACAGACAUUCCCAUUCGGUACUUCAACAAGUAACUCCAUAAAAUGAUGUUAUAUGAAUUUUCUCUCUAAUUGUUCUUGAGCUGAAUACUUUGUUGUUGUUCAACUCAAUUUCAGUUAAUUUUGAUAUAAGUUUACUGUUUCAUGUCUCCUUGAAAUAUGGACAACAUUUCUGGUUUACAAAGAAUAUGAUCUUGAAUAACUCGCUCAACUUGGAUUUAUGUGCUGUAUGUAUAAAAGAAACUGACAGUGCAAUAUAGGUGUUGAAGUGUACUAAAGAUCCUUGUUUUUUUAAAGAACUGAUUAUCUUUGUUAUAAUAUUGUGUUGGCUUUAGUUGAUGUGCUUGAAAAUAUUUGAUAGAGAAAGUAUCAGACAAAAUUGACUAGUACAGGCAUGUGUAAUUGUCACAUGAAAAUUUUGUAUUUUGUUACUUAAAUAAACUAUCAUGUGAUAAAGGAUAGAUGUAUUAGAAUUGUGUAUUACUGAUAUUUUCAUGUAAUUACUUAUAUUCCCAAAUAUAAUUUUAUUUGUUUGGUAAUUU